AUGUAAACAAAAACAACAGAAUUUCGACUUUUUUUUGCAUGAAGAAGGCCUUAUGGCAGAGAUACAUAUCAUAGGCCAGAUUACCGGAGCGAGCGGAUUUCCAAAAGCAUCGUUAUUUUGCAAGUGGAUUCUUCAGUUAGGUGGUGGCUGGAGAGUGGUGGAGGGUCUUGUAGAAGGACAGACUCAAGCAGAUCAGUCAGAAGUGAGUGAUACAGUCAGCUGGUGUCAUCCUCUGGACAUUCACCUCGCUACUCGCGGGAUUCAAGGAUGGCCCAGAAUUAUGGUACAGGUGUACAGACAAGAUGACCUCAGUCGCAUCGAUCUAUGUGGUUACGGCAUCAUUCACAUACCUACGAAAGCUGGACAUCACACAGUAACUUGCCAUACAUGGAGACCAGUUGGAACAUUUGCGGAGGAAUUAAGAAGGGCAUUUUUAGGAGGCGGACCACAGCUACUCUCCACAGAGUUCAUACAUUCUGCACUCGAACGCUAUAGGCUCCUCACAGUAGCGUCUGGUUCGGUCCAUUUUGAGUUAGGCAUCAUCCUGAGAAAUUUUGAAAAAUAUGGUGUGAUGUCUUAAUAAAAUUCUUUGAUUAAAAGUGUAUGAUACUAUUUUAUGAACAUUCAACCUUCCAGUAUAUGUAAUAUAUCCAGUACAAC